CUUACUCGCUCAGACAAACGCGAUCAAUAAGCACACGAUUUCGUUAUUUAGCAGACAGCACGUUGUGUGGGAAGAAUUUCAAAGAAAAGAAAAGUUGUGCUUUUGUACGCUAUGUCCAGUCCAGCAAAGGAAGAAAUAAAAGGGGGGCAUGCUCCUGCUGUUAAAGUUGGUGGAAUGCGUGUUGUUCAGCAUCCACACACUCAUACAGAAAAGUUGUCGAGAGAAGAGCUGGAAAAGGAGGAAGAAGAAUUUCAAACUGAAAAACCCGAAGAAAAGCCAGUAGUGGUGGCUGGAGUUGUAACAAAAGGAGAUAAAGAUUAUUCACCGGCUGCGACCAAAGUGGCCCAUGAGAAGCCAAUUCCUUCAAAAGAAAAACCAACACAAAAAGGUCCCAAGGGCACACCGAAUAUCCAUCUCAAACAACCUUCCAAACAUUAACGUAUACGUUAUAGUGGAAUUCUUUUCUAAAAUAUAGGGAAAAUUUGUGUUGUGAAAAAGUAAAUGUUGCUUUUCUUGUUUUUUUUUUAAAAAACAAAACCUGUUUCAAUGACAUAGUUACUAUGUGAAAGGGUGGGGUUUGUGAUGACUAAUUUGUGAACCCGUGUGAAACUAUGAGUUUUCGCUAGUAUUUUUUUUUUUCAUUUACUUUGAUAAUGUUCAAUGCAGGUGCUUUUCUUACCAUUUUUUUCACAUGAAUAAUAUUUUAGUUGUUGUUGUUGUUGUUGUUGUUGUUUGUGGUAUUGACUGCUGCAUAAAUAACUUUCAAAGUUUUACUUAUUUUUAGCAAAUUUUCCACUCAUAGAUUUUUUUGGUGGGAUGUAAUUUAAUGGAAACAUUAGAUAUUAAAUAUAUUUAAAAAGGGUAUAUUGAAAGAA